AUGUCGCCCCGAGACUACGCUCCAGCUCAGCUGCUAUCUCUCUUCACGUCAUCCGAGAAUGACUUUCAAGUUGAUCACAUAACUGACCAACUCUCUUACAACACGCUGCCGAAGUAUCCUUGCUUCACCGAGAUAUAUCUAGCAACGAGCAUCCACGACAUCCAGGUGGGACAUGUCAAUGCGCUCUCGACGCCUGUGAUUCCCAUUUGGAAACCCGGGUCUACCGUCACCUACACCAUCGAUAUUGGAACGUUCCCUAGUCAUGUUCAUGUGGCGACUGCUACCAUUGCUUUGGCUUCUGCCGCUCAACAGUGGAAUGAUAGUCUUAUCCCCGUCAACUUUCGCUCAGCUGGGCCAGACGAACAUGCCACUUUCGUCCUUAAAUAUGGAAAAAGAGCAGGCAAUGUCGGUGUCCUAGCGAGUGCAUUUUUGCCUGACCAUUUCGACCCAACUAUGUAUAUAUACCCUCUCGCCUUCACGACAUCGUAUCGCAGGGACAUGGACAAAGUCUUCCAGCAUGAGCUUGGUCACGUUUUGGGUUUGAGACAUGAGUUCGCCGCGACUUCUGGAACGCAUUCAGUUCAAAUCGGAAGCAGCAACUCUCUGUCGGUCAUGAAUUAUCACAACGACUUGAACUUUGGCAUUCAACCUUCUGAUGUCGAGUGA